UUGAAAUGCAAAAGAAAAGAUAUUCUCAAUACAUAACCUCUCCUCCCUUCUCCCUCUCUUUCUCAACCAACUUGUUAAUUUCCACUUCCAGAAACUCACACACCCUUCCUUAUUAUUCAUCAUCAUAAAUUAAACCUUGAUGUUGCUUAUUUACCUUCGACAAAACUGUACAAAUUAGUCAUUUUACUUUAAAAAAUAUUUAAACUUUUGAGCCAACAAAUUUUUAUUCUUAACCCAUUUAUCUUACGGCAAAUCAGGGAAAAUGUAAUUGUGCUACGUGUCUUCGAUCAAACGGCUAUGAACAGAUCUUAGAGGAGAAAGGCAUAUUUACCGUUAGAUGAAUCUGAACCAGACUGAAUCUAAGAAAGCGUGCCGUUUCUAAAAACCCUAGCGCCACCUUACCGCUCCAUUUCCGGCAGCCGCGUAUCUCCUCCCCGAAAAUUAAACUAAUAAAAAUCUCUCUCAUCAUCUUCACUUCAAAAACCCCCCAAUUAAUUUUCAGUUCCAGCAAGUUACCUCGUUAACAUCGCCACUGUUUCACCGUUUCCCAACCAACAGCACCGAUCAUUUUAUAUACUGUAUAUAUAUCUAUUAACUGAAAUUGAAUUGCUGAAACUUUCAAUUAAAAAAAAAAAAAGAAACGGGUGAAGAAAAUGGUGGAGAGAAGAAAGCCACUGGUUCUAUGUUCCACCAAAAAUGUCAUCAAUUCCUUAUUACAUUCUUCCACUUCUUCAGUCAACGACUUCCCCAAAUUCCAUUUACCCGUUGGAAUUCUCCGAUUCUCCGGCAAAUCCCCUUCUUUUGAUCACUCUGCACUCCUCGCCCUCUCUACUUCUCUUCUCAAAAGACUUUCCAUCACUUCCGGUUCACCGGUUCUGGUCAAGAAUGCUGAAAUGAACACACAGAGAAUUGCAGUGGCCAUUGCUCUUGACCCUCCUAGCAGUGACACCACUACCCUUGAUAUAGUUCACUCAUCACCCUCUACUUCUAGAAUAAUGCUUGUUUUUCCUUCUUGUGAUUUCCCUAUAAGUGGUCCCUUGUUAAAUGAUGAAGUUGCUUAUUUGUCUCCUCUUUUGGCCUUUAAUCUUAACUUGCACAUUUCAUGUUUGAAAUCCAUUAUUCACAACGGUGACGAUGCUCUGUCGUCAUAUUUCAAACCUCAAUAUCAAGUGGGUGAUGAGGAUACAGCUAAAAGCAUUGAGGAUUCUGUCAUUAAUAUAGAGUUGGUGCCUCUUGCUCAACCUCCUAGAUUUGCCUCCCUUCUGAGGGUUGCUUUUGUGAAGAUACCAGAAUGUGGCAUCCUUGAUUCCAUUAGACCAAGUUCAGACGUUGAAUCCAAAGAGCGUCAAGACAUGAUUGACUUGGCAUUGCAGAAAUACUUUGAAGUCGAUAGAUAUUUGUCAAGAGGAGAUGUUUUUGGAAUUAACAUUAGUUGGAACUGUAAUUCCACUAUUUGCAUUCCUUGUAACCAAAUAACACAAAAGAAAAAUGACAACAUUAUCUGUUUUAAGGUCGUUGCCAUGGAACCAUCAGAUGAACCAGUUCUCCGUGUCAAUAAAACCUUAACUGCUUUGGUGUUAGUUGGGAGUUCACCAUCUGCCCUUCCUCCGGAUUUGUUAAUUGCUGGAUCAGAAGGGCCUGUGCCUUUGCAAAGGGACACCGUGAAGAUCUUGGCUUCAAUACUCGCACCCACUUUAUGUCCAUCGGCGCUUUCUUCCAAGUUUAGAGUUUCGGUCUUAUUGUUUGGCUUGGCAGGUUGUGGGAAAAGGACUGUUGUUAGAUAUGUUGCUCGUCGACUGGGCCUGCAUGUGGUGGAAUAUAAUUGUCAUGAUCUGAUGAGCUCCGAUAGAACAUCUGUUGCUCUAGCUCAAGCUUUCAAGACUGCUCAGAGAUACUCGCCAACAAUACUUCUUCUUCGUCAUUUUGAUGUUUUUCGAGAUUCGCAUUCACCUGAGGGUUCUCUAAAUGAUCAAAGAGGCAAUACAUCUGAAGUUGCAUCAGUUAUUAGGAAAUUUACUGAGCCAGUUGGUGAACAUGGUGAUAGAAACUCCCUCAUGAAAUCAAACGGAGAAUCUGUAGAGAAGAAUGCUGAAAAGACAAGCGGGCAUCAGGUCCUGUUGAUUGCUGCUGCUGACAGUUCAGAGGGUCUACCUUCAACUAUCAGACGCUGCUUUAGCCAUGAAAUAAACAUAGGGGCUUUGACAGAAGAGCAAAGGGCAGAAAUGCUGUUGUGUUCACUGCAAAAUGUUUAUGGACUCCUCUCUAAUACUGAGUUAGAGGGUUUGGUAAAAGAAACCGUUGGGCAGACAUCUGGUUUCAUGCCCAGGGAUAUGUGUGCUUUAAUUGCGGAUGCUGGUGCCAACUUAUUUCCCGGGAGCAAUGCUGAAGUAGACAAAGAUGGACCUGAAGAGUCAAAUGGUUCUCUUAGUUCCAAGGUGACGGAGGACAACGACCAGUCAACAGUUUCACCUCGGAAACCUGGGAAAGAAGACCUGGUGAAUGCUUUGGAACGAUCAAAGAAAAGAAAUGCAUCAGCAUUGGGUACUCCAAAGGUCCCAAAUGUAAAAUGGGAAGAUGUUGGUGGGCUUGAAGAUGUCAAAAAAUCAAUCCUGGAUACUGUUCAGUUACCUCUCUUGCAUAAAGAUCUAUUUGCGUCUGGAUUACGCAAGCGGUCUGGUGUUCUUUUGUAUGGUCCCCCUGGAACUGGUAAAACAUUAUUAGCAAAAGCCGUUGCUACAGAAUGUUCCUUAAAUUUUCUUAGUGUGAAAGGUCCUGAACUGAUCAACAUGUACAUAGGAGAGUCUGAAAAGAAUGUUCGAGACAUUUUUCAGAAGGCCAGAUCAGCACGUCCAUGCGUCAUCUUCUUUGAUGAGCUUGACUCUCUUGCACCAGCUCGGGGAGCUUCGGGAGAUUCUGGGGGUGUUAUGGACAGGGUGGUUUCACAGAUGCUUGCAGAAAUUGAUGGCUUAAGUGAUUCAACACAGGAUCUAUUUAUUAUAGGUGCAAGUAAUAGACCAGAUUUAAUAGACCCAGCACUUCUUCGCCCUGGUCGUUUUGAUAAAUUGUUAUAUGUGGGAGUUAACUCUGAUGCAUCUUACAGAGAGCGGGUACUGAAAGCUCUUACGAGAAAGUUCAAAUUGCAUGAAGAUGUUUCACUUUACACAAUUGCAACAAAAUGUCUGCCUAACUUCACUGGCGCAGAUAUGUAUGCCUUGUGUGCAGAUGCUUGGUUCCUCGCCGCAAAGCGCAGGGUUUUGAAUGCAAAUCCAGAGUCCUCCAACCCUGAUAAUGAAGAAGAUUCCGUUGUUGUUGAAUACGAUGAUUUUGUCCAGGUCUUAGGAGAGCUUCAGCCGUCCCUCUCCACGGCUGAACUUAAGAAGUACGAGCUUCUUAGAGAUCAGUUUGAAGGCACCUCUAAAUGAAUUUGGACUGAAAAGGAAACAAUCAUCAACCAUUAAUUUUGCUGGUAUACUAGGGACUCAAAAUUCUUGCAGUUAUAGAAGGAUGCAGUUGCAUACAAUCAAACAAUCUUAGCCAUUAGAUUAUUUGAAUACUAUUUGUCCAAUUUACAAUCGAGAUAUCUAAAUGUGUGAGGGCGUGGAAUCUGUUUAACUUUCUGUAUAUAGUAAGAUUCCAACCAUGUAAUAGGUUCUCAUUCAACAUAUGGCACAACCAAAAUAAAUGUGCGAACAUAAUUUUGUUUCUUGGAAAAUAAAUUAUAAUACAUCAUAUUUAUUUCAAUUUUUAAA